UCAGACGACCAUAUAACUUAGAGUAGUGAAUAUCGAAGUUGACAACAUAUGGAUCGUACUAUAUUCUCCACUGUUGUCUAAUUCACAUUCAAAACUCAUAUCAAUGUUUAGUAUUGCAGUUUGGUGAAAUCGAUAAAAUACGUUUGUAAGUACGUCACCAAAGGAGGCAACAUGGCGAUUAUUGGUUAUACAGAUGUGUGUUUUGCAAUGUGGCAAUACUAUCUUCGGUCUUGAAUUUUUUGACAGCUGCUACCUGAUUUAUAUUCAGUUUGGUUCGGCACUUCAUAAUGAAGAGGCUUGACAGUAAUUUUUUCUCUCAGUUUUUAAGAUAUCGUUUUGAAAUUUUGCAAACGUCAUUUUCUCUUCAAGAAGCUGCUCAUUUGUCGGAACUGCCGAUAUCGGAUCACUAUAACAUAUAGCUGCCAUACAAACUGAACGAUCGGAAUCAAGUUCUUGUAUGGAAAACUUUCACAUUUGACAAUGUAUCUUCACAAAAAUUGGUAGAGGUUAUUUUCUAAGACAAUUAUGUAAUAUACGAAGAAAUUGUUCAUAUUGGCUUAUUAUAGCCUAUAGUUACCAUACAAACUGAACGAUCGGUAUCAAGUUCUUGUAUGGAAAACUUUCACAUUUGACGAGAUAUAUUCACGAAAUUUGGUAUAGAUUAUUUUCUAAGGCAACAAUGUAAUCUUCAAAAAAAUUGUUCACUGAACGGUCGGAGUAAAAUGCUUGCAUUGGAGACUUUUUCAGUUAACGAAAUAUAUUCUACAAAUUUGUCGUGGCUUAUUCUUUAAGACAACGUUAAAACGCCAGCAAACCAGCAAACGAGCAGGAAUCAAUGUUGCAAAGAGUACAAUUAUAUAGGUCGGAUCCCGCACAUCGUCAGUUGGAGAGCGUAAGGCAAGCCAGGAAGAAUAUUAGAAGACGUCGUGAACUUUCUCCUGAUGCACUGCUAGAAGAACGAACACGUCAACGUCGAGCUGCCAAUAUCUUUGAUAUGUACGCAUUGUUGAUAAAAAAAAGGACCCACUUAAAUAUGCAUGUGUUGUGGGGGCACUUGGUUCCCUCACCAAGUAAAAAAGAUGGAAAAACGUCAGACCUCAACAAAGUUCACGCACUCGGAAGAUGCUAGAAAAGUUUUUUAUUUGUUAUCGAAGUUUCCAUCUUCGGACCAAAAAUAUAAUUUUUGUAGCAGCUGCUAUCGUAUUGUCAGACAAGGGAAAAUACCAAUUAUCUGCCUCUCGAAAGGAUUGGAGUUUCCUGACAUUCCGGAAUGCCUUCAGGAUUUAACGUGUCUGGAGGAAAGGCUAAUAUCCCCGAGAAUCGCAUUUAUGCGCAUCAUAUCUUUAGGAUAUCAACGACAAUGCGCUAUUCGUGGAGCAGUAGUAAAUAUCCCGAUUUCUGUUGUUGAGACAGUCACCAUGCUGCCACGAAGAUUUGACAACAGCCAUAUUAUUCAAGUGCACUUGAAACGUCGCUUGGAAUAUCAGCAAAAUUUUAUGACGGAGACAGUGCGACCAGCAAAGAUAUUGCAGGCACUGAAUUAUCUGCUGGGUACAGAGCUCUACAUCAAGCACAAUAUUCAAAUCUCAAGUGAUUGGCUGAUAAAUGUAGGAAACGAGGAAACUGUCCCUUUUAUUGCGGAUCCUGCAGAUGAGGCAGCAGAAAGAGACCUGUUUAAUGUCCGACAGGAAAAUGUACAGGAAAUAGAAGAGGAAUUAAAUCCAGGUGGCCAGAAAACUUUGAUGGACAAUGAACCCGUUGAAAACAGAUCCAUUGAACGAGUUGCAAUGGCACCAGGGCAAGGCAGAUGCCCAAGGGAUCUUACAACCGACGAUGAUGCUCAGGAGUUAUCGUAUCCAACAAUUUACUGCGGAAAGAAGAGGACAUCCACGGCAACUUAUAGCAAAAUUGCGCGAUCUGAAAUACGACGCUAUGAUCGACAUUGCGCGCGUGUGGACGUCCUUCUGUAUAUUUAUAAGUUCUACGAGUUGGAGCGCAUCAAAAAUGCAAUUUCUAUUUGCCUGCGGAAAAGUCUGGAUCAAGAAAUAUAACUGCUGCAAAUGUGAGGAAUGAAAACUUUGUCAGCAACCUUAUCCAGCAUGAUGACGGCUAUCAUAUCCUCAAAAGACUUCGAUCCUCACCUGCACAUUGGGAGGCUGAAAAGAAAAAAGUUUUAGCCAUGAUCCGUCAGUUUGGGUUGCCAACAUUCUUCAUAACAAUGUCAGCUGCAGACACAAAAUGGCCGGAGCUGUUGGUCAUAUCAAAGAAGGUAGUAGAUAAAGUAGACAUUUUGGAAGAAGAGGCCACUGCCUUAUCAAGUUCUGAAAAGGCGAGACUCAUAAGGACAGAUCCAGUUACAUAAUCCAGAUAUUUCGACAAUCGAUCCCGCCGAAUGCUGAAAUUGUUAAAAAAUGGACUGUUUGCAGUACAUUUAGUAGUCCGUUACUAUUACAGAAUUGAAUUUCAGCAUAGGGGAUCACCACAUUGUCAUGGCAUGUACUGGUUAAGCGAUGCACCGCAAUUGGAAAGUGAUGAAAUCAUCAACACAACUGAUGUUCAAACUUUCAUCAACCGACACAUUACGACUGAUGGGGAUGAUUUGGACUUACAGGAAUUUAUUCCGUACCAAAAACACAAACAUGGUCGAGCUUGCCUAAGAGACCUGUAUGGAAAACAAGUGUGCCGACUCAACAUGCCAUAUCCGCCGAUGCCGCGGACAGAAAUUCUUUUCCCCUUGGAGAAUGACGAGGGUAUUGAGCAACACAAACUCCAAUUUAUAAAAAUACAGGAACUAUUAAAUCUGACGGAUCUCGCAUAAGAAGAAAUAAUACGCUUGAACUGCUUUGAAAAUUUUUUGUCGGACGAGCGGAUUAACACUGAUUAUGAAGGAUACAAGCUCGCUCUUCGCUCAUUUAUAAAAAAGCCACACAUUUUCUUAAAGAGAAAAUUUUCGGACAGGCUUCUAAAUGCCUACUAUAAAAAUAUCCUUAACUUGCAUAGAGCAAAUAUGGAUAUUCAAUUCAUUUUGUACGCCUACGCUUGCUGCAGCUAUAUAAUUAAUUAUAUAAAUAAAUCCAAUAGAGGGGUAUCAACACUACUGAGACAAGCCAUGGAGGAAAUAAAUGCUGGGAAUUUCUCCAUUAAAAGAAAACAAAUUUGUAAACGGGUCGGAAAUAUCGGCUCAAGAAGCAGCUUAUAAUAUUUUGGGACUGCAUUUAUCGGAAGAGAGUAAUAGGGAGAUAUUUAUAAAUACAUCACAGCCAAACAAUCGAGUAAGGAUGCUAAAGCCCAGACGUGAAUUGGAUGCUUUACAGGAGAAUUCUACGGACAUAUAUGUACCGAGUGUAUUGGAUCACUACUCUCAAAGGCCCGAUCAAUUGGAAGAACUAUGCUUAGCAGAUUUUGCAGCAUGGUUCAGAUUUUCCAAAACUAGUAGGAAUAUUUCUUUUAAUAAUGAAGACUACGAUGAAGUAGAAAACGAGGAUGACACGACAGCUGCACCUCCAAUGGCAUUAAAAGAUGGAUCAGGAUUUUUAAGAAAAAGGAAGCAAGCACUUAUUCUGCGCUGGAAACGUUUUAGCGUUGAAAAUUCAAGAGCUGAUUUCUUCAGAGAAACUGCCAUGAUGUUUCACCCAUGGAGAAAUAAGGAGGCCGAGCUCUUAAGUAAUGAUGUUGAGAGUGUUUGCAACGCACACAAGGAUCAAAUUGAGCAGAAUAAGCUCAAAUAUAACAAAUUUUUAUCCAACGAGCUUCUGGAAAACCUGCAUGUUUCAGCGGAAGAAAUAGCCGAUGAGAGAGCUGCGUCUCAACUUUUGGAUCCGGAAUUCAGAGCUCUAGCUGUUCCAGAGCAAGUAGGAGAUGUUAAUGUUUUUCACGAGGACAACAAUAGUGUGGAAGAGGCGGUUCGAUUAAUUAAACUACCACCUCUAAUAUUAGAAGGAGAUUUACUGGCAAUGGUACAAUCUCUUAACAACAAGCAGAGGGAAUAUUUUGCUCAUGUAAUGCACAAUGUCAGUAAGAAGAAAAUCUUCUACGAAUAUGUCAGAGGUGGUGCUGGAGUGGGCAAAACCCUGCUUAUAACGACUAUAUAUCAGUCGUUGACAUUGCGAGCUAACAGUGUACCAGGAACUAACCCCGAAACAGCCAAGGUGUUAUUCUGCGCACCCACUGGUAAAGCAGCAUUUGGAAUUGGAGGUCUAACACUUCAUUCCGUUUUUUCACUCCCCGUCAACCAGUCCUCCGCCGAUCUUCGGCCCCUCAAUAGUGACACAUUGAACACUAUUCAUGCUAAUCUCAUAGAUAUUAGGCUUAUAAUAAUUGAUGCAAUUUCAAUGGUUGGAGCAAAGAUGUUUUCGUAUUUACAUUGUAGGCUAAAGCAAAUUUUUAGGAGCAGUGCUUACUUUGGAGGUAUUCCAAUUAUCGUGUUUGGUGACUUAAAACAGUUGCCAUCGAUGGAUAUUUGCGCCGAAUGGCAAUGAUCAUUACAGUGCAAUUACAGGAACUCCGCUUUGGGAUCAAUUUCGUUACUUCGAGCUCACCGAAAUAAUGCGUCAGCGUGAAGAUCAAGAAUUUGCCAUCGCUUUAAACAACAUGUCAGAGAGAAAUAUGACACACACUGACACCCAAUUAAUCAAAAGCAGGGAGAAGACCUCUAACGAGAUACCCAAUGAAGCCAUCCAUCUCUUUUAUUCAAAUGCUGGAGCAAAUAAUUUCAAUUCAACAAAACUGGCGAACACGAUGACCGACGAGUUUCGACUGCGAAGGAUACAAUUAAGUCAAGUUCCUUAACAGAACGCAGCAGGGCAAACAUAUUAGAAACUGUGAAGGGUUUGAAGCCAUCAGAAACACAGGGAAUGCCUCAUACAUUGCAGCUCAAAACAUCGAUAAAAUAUAUGGUAACAGUCAACAUAAGCACGGGUGAUGGAUUAGUAAAUGGUGCUACAGGGGAACUAAUGCAGGUGGAUACCGAAUCGUCUGGACUUGAAAGCACAGUGGUGCGACUAUGGAUGAAAUUCGCAGAACCAAGAGUUAGAAGCUUUGCACGUUCCAAGCAGCCACAUAGUCGCAAUGCAGAUUGGACACCAAUCAUGAGCGUGGUCCGAUCAUUCCAAUACAAGCGAAAUGAACAAAUAACUAUAGAACGUAGACAGUUCCCUGUCAUUCCAGCUGAAGCCAUCACGAUACAUAAAAGCCAAGGUGGAACGUACGCUCAAGUUGCGGUUCAUUUAGAGGGUAGAAUUAGCAGGUCAGCUUUAUAUGUAGGAUGUAGCAGGGCCACAAAUGCCAAUGGAUUGUAUAUAGUCGGGAAAUUUUCUCCUCCGAACCCAUUUGGACAGCAGGAUCCCAUUAAAACUCAACUUAAUAGAUUGAGGACUGAAGCUUUUCGAUGUUAUUCGCUUUACACACACUUCAGAAACGAACAGUGGCUGCCGAAGUGCGGAAAACAACUGAUGAGAAAUAUAAAUUCUGAGUUCCUCAAUAGCCGGCAUUUUGCUACAAAUGUUUAUAGGUUCUCUUCUACAAUUAGAGCGCGGCGCAACCACUACUUGGCUUUGAAUGGAGAGAGUGAGUGAGAGAGGUUUUCGAACAAGAAUUAUGUUCGUAUGAAAUAUUUCCGUUUAUGGCAUGUGGUUAUAGUUGUAAUAUUUAUUACAAAACUCUCCGUAUUGCAGUUGUAUUCUUAAAGCUGAAGGACGACAUUUUUAUAGUAGAAAAUUUAAAAAAUGCAUGCGAAUAUAUCAAAAUUCGGUUUAAAUGAAGUUCUUAUACUAUAUAUGCAUUCAAUUAAAACGUCAAAAUCAUCGAGAACACCAUGCUUAUCACUUAAGAAGUUUAUUUGAUGAUUUUUGAAAUUAUUAGCGCCUUAUAUGUAAUUGCUGCAUAUGGAGGACCGUUCUGCUUGCAAAAAAAUAAUAUGUUACCCAUAAAAAGUAAAGAACUUGCCUACCUUUUGAACCAGAGCCUUUCUUCAUUACGUGAUCUCACAUAUUACGAGAGGUAUUAUUGGUGGCAAUUGCCAAUCGAAGCUGUUUAUAGGAAAGUUCAUUACAAAGAUGUUUGCACAACUAAUUUUUCAGCCCUGACAGAUAUUAAGAUGGCUAAGAAGCUUUUACUAUUAUAGGCAAGCUAAGGUAUCAAAUUAACAAAUUGGGAUAGGGGAGACUCUAGAACACAUACACUUCAAAGUCGCAAAACAGAACACCCGCGCCGUUAGAUCUGCUUUUUCCAGACUGAACAAGGAAGCAACACAAAUGGGUCUGGCAGUGAACGCGGGCAAGACGAAAUAUAUCCUGUCAUCAAACAAACAGUCGUCGGACUCGCGACUUGGCUCUCACGUCACUGUUGAUAGUCAUAACUUUGAAGUUGUAGAUAAUUUCGUCUAUUUAGGAACCAGCUAUAACACCACCAACAAUGUCAGCCUAGAAAUCCAACGCAGGAUUACUCUUGCCAACAGGUGCUACUUCGGACUGAGUAGACAAUUGAAAAGUAAAGUCCUCUCUCGACGAACAAAAGCCAAACUCUAUAAGUUGCUCAUAAUUCCCGUCCUGCUAUAUGGUGCAGGGGCUUGGACGAUGACAACAACCGAUGAGUCGACGUUGCGAGUUUUCGAGAGAAAAGUUCUGCGAAAGAUUUAUGGUCCUUUGCGCGUUGGCCACGGCACAUAUCGCAUUCGAUGGAACGAUGAGCUGUACGAGAUAUACGACGACAUUGACAUAGUUCAGCGAAUUAAAAGACAGCGGCUACGCUGGCUAGGUCAUGUUGUCCGGAUGGAUGAAAACACUCCAGCUCUGAAAGUAUUCGACGCAGUACCCGCCGCGGGAAGCAGAGGAAGAGGAAGACCUCCACUCCGGUGGAAGGACCAAGUGGAGAAGGACCUGGCCUCGCUUGGAAUAUCCAAUAGGCGCCACGUAGCGAAGAGAAGAAACGACUGGCGCGCUGUUGUUGACUCGGCUAUAAUCGCGUAAGCGGUGUCUACGCCAGUAAAGAAGAAGAAGAUAAGUUUUAGUAUAGUUUUAAGGUAUGAGUUGAGAAGCAACAUGUUUACUUCAAUAAAAAAUUGUCACUUAUGUGCCAAAGAAAUGUAAGUUCUUGUUCAACAACCGUAAACCAAAAAAGCUCUUUAAGCACAUAUUUGUAUAUAUGUAGUAUGUAAAUAUAAAAUACAUGCGUGUAAGCAGAGAAUACAUGGUUACUCAUGCCAAAUUCAAAUAUGUUUGUCUGUUAUUUCUUAUCAGUCUCAGAUGAUCUCAACAAAAGGCUACGGUACGUAUACGCAACAGUUUAAUUUGCAUGUUAUCCAUACGACGGUAUA